AUGCCUGUUCGAAGCAUCAACCCGUUCGCAUCCACCGCCCCUGUUCCCCCCCUCGAUCCCUCUAGCGAGAAGCGCGACUCUGCGCGUCGAGCAUCCUUCGCAAAGGGCAACAAGUUCACAUCGCUCUUCGGCGGCUCGCCCAGAUCAAAGACGGACGCUGCUGUCCUGCGUGAAGCCUUUGUCGCACAGCAACAGGCCCUUCUCAACAACCCCUCGCCCUCGCAAAUCUCCCUCCCGACCAUAAACCUGACCACGGCGACUGGCGAGAAGAUGCCCACCGAGCCCAAGACACUCUUCCAGCCGCCUUCGCCAGAAGAGCAGCGCCGCCUUGCCCGCGCACACGCACAGUUCGGUCCCCUCGGCUCUCAGAAGCACCGCUACCUGAGCAAGUUUGAGGGCGAGUUCGGCGACCCCAUCGAGGACGAGCCGCCAUAUUAUUUCCUUUUCACUACAUACAUCAGCUACUUAAUCCUAAUAGUAUUCGGACAUGUUCGCGACUUCUUCGGCAAGCGCUUCAGGAAGCAACACUACAGCCAUUUGCAGGAGAAGGACGGAUAUGCGCCCCUCAACAGCGACUUUGACAACUUCUACACACGGCGGUUGAAGAUGCGCAUCAACGACUGCUUCUCCCGACCCACGACUGGCGUUCCGGGACGCUUCAUUACCGUGCUUGAUCGCAAGUCAGACGACGGAAACAACACCUUCAAGAUGCUCGGCACCACGACUGAAACCCUCAACAUGAGCUCCUACAACUACCUCGGAUUCGCUCAAUCAGAAGGCCCCUGUGCCGACGCCGCCGAAGCCACCAUCCGCAAAUACGGCAUCUCCAUGGCCAGCCCCCGUUCCGACAGCGGUACCUCGGACCUCACUGUCGAAGUCGAGGACCUCAUCGCCAAGUUCGUCGGCAAGCCCGCCUCCAUGGUCUUCUCAAUGGGUUUCGUUACCAACGCCACCACUUUCCCCACCAUUGUCGGAAAGGGCUGCCUCAUGAUCUCCGACGAGCUCAACCACUCUUCCAUCCGCUUCGGUGCCCGUCUCUCCGGCGCCAUGGUCACCAUGUUCAAGCACAACGACAUGCGCGAUCUGGAACGCAAGCUCCGCGAAGCCAUCUCCCAAGGCCAACCCCGCACCCACCGUCCCUGGAAAAAGAUUCUUGUUGCUGUUGAGGGCCUGUACUCUAUGGAAGGCACCAUGUGCAAUCUCCCUGGCAUCAUCUCUUUGAAGCACAAGUACAAGUUCAACCUCUUCGUCGACGAAGCGCACUCAGUUGGUGGUGUAGGCCCCCACGGACGUGGUGUAUGCGAUUACUUCGGCAUUGACCCAUCGGAAGUCGAUAUCCUCAUGGGUACCCUGACAAAAUCUUUCGGCGCAAACGGUGGUUACAUCGCCGCUGAGAAGCCCAUCAUCGAUAAACUGCGUACUUCCAACGCCGCUAUGCUAUUUGCAGAAUCGCCUGCUCCUCCCGUGCUCAUGCAGAUUUCCUCGGCCCUUCGCAUCAUCGACGGAUCCAUUGUACCCGGCCAGGGCGAAGAGCGACUCCAGCGCCUGUGCUUCAACUCGAGGUAUCUGCGUCUCGGCUUGAAGCGUCUCGGUUUCAUCGUCUACGGCCACGAUGACAGUCCCAUUAUCCCCGUUAUGCUGUACAACCCAGCCAAGAUGCCCGCCUUUUCUCACGAGAUGCUCAAGCGCAAGAUCUCGGUCGUUGUAGUCGGAUACCCGGCUACGCCGCUUGUCAGCUCGAGAGCGAGGUUCUGUGUCUCGGCUGCGCAUACAAAGGAUGAUUUGGAUAGGAUGCUGACGGCGUGCGAUCAGGUGGGUGAGCUGCUGCAACUCAAGUUUUCGAGUGGUGUGGCGGGUGGAUUGGAGCCUGAGGAGGUGGGCAAUGGUAUGGUGGUUGAGAAGAAGAAGGAUGAGAAGGAGGAGAUUAAGGCGCCGAGGUGGAAGAUUGAAGAUGUGCUCAAGAGGACUGUCGAUGAUGUGCAAGGGCAGUUGAGGUAG